AUGCACUUAAGUCCGCGUGAAGAAGACCAUUUGAUCCUGCACGCAGCUGGGUUUUUGGCUCAAAAGCGUCUGGCACGGGGUAUCCGCCUCAACUAUACCGAAGCCGUUGCUUUGCUGGCGAUACAAGUUCUCGAGUUUAUUCGAGAUGGCAAGACAGUAGCAGAACUCAUGACCCUCGGCGCUCAGAUCCUCGGCAGACGCCAAGUGAUGGACGGUGUGGCUUCCAUUCUAGAUGAGGUGCAAGUGGAAGGAACGUUCCCAGACGGCACCAAGCUCGUGACAAUCCACAACCCGAUUGCCAAAUUGGAUGGAGACCUGGCACUCGCCCUCUACGGGUCAUUCCUACCUGUGCCGGAGCUGAAAGUAUUUGGUGCAGCUGCUUCCAAGCCGACGGUGGCUCCGGGAGCUAUCAUUACCCAGGACGCAGAUAUUGUGCUGAAUGCGGGACGACAGGUGCGUGUGCUACAGAUUACCAACUUGUCGGAUCGACCCAUCCAGGUUGGAAGUCACUACCAUCUCAUCGAGGCCAACCCGUUCUUGGAGAUGGAUCGGAAACGCGCUUACGGUCACCGCUUGAACAUUGCAUCGGGCACUGCUGUGCGAUUCGAGCCGGGAGACCAGAAGACGGUUGCAGUUGUCCCGAUUGCUGGGAACAAAGUGAUUACAGGGGGUAACAACCUUGCCACCGGAGUAGUGGAUGAGUCCAGAGUGAACACGAUUGUUGCGAACGCACUUGCUAAAGGUUUCCACCACAAGACACUAGAUCUCAGCAAGCUGCCAGCGAGUGCGGUUGAACCUGAAUACGGAAUCUGUAGGAUACCCAAGAAUGUGUACGCGCAUACAUACGGUCCUACGACAGGCGACAUGGUCCGUCUUGGUGAUACGGAGCUGUACAUAGUGGUAGAGAAGGAUAUGACCGUUUACGGAGAUGAGUGCAAGUUUGGAGGGGGCAAGGUGCUUCGCGAAGGCAUGGGCCAGGCGUCUGGAAAGACAUCCGAUCAAGUGGUGGACACGAUCAUCACCAAUGCUUUGGUUGUGGACUACACGGGUAUUUUCAAGGCUGACGUCGGUAUCAAGAAUGACCUGGUUGUGAGCAUUGGCAAGGGAGGAAAUCCAGAUGUGAUGGCCGGUGUGACGCCGGACCUUAUCGUGGGCGUGAACACGGAAGUGAUCGCAGGAGAAGGUUUGAUUCUUACUGCUGGAGGCUUCGACGCCCACGUGCAUUUCAUCUGCCCUCAGCUUUGCACCGAAGCACUUGCAAGUGGAUUAACCACGCUGGUUGGUGGAGGAACUGGUCCUGCCACUGGUACAAAGGCUACCACAUGUACUCCAGGACCGAACCAUGUAAAGCUGAUGCUUCAGGCGACAGACGUCAUACCGAUGAACAUUGGUCUGACAUGCAAGGGUAACACUGCACUCCCGCAAGGUCUUCAGGAUGCAAUAGAUGCUGGUGCAGUUGGUAUGAAGCUUCACGAAGAUUGGGGAACCACCCCUGCUGCCAUUGACAAUUGUCUCCGUGCUGCAGAGGAAAACGACGUUCAAGUAACAAUCCACACCGACACGCUGAACGAGUCUUGUUGUGUAGAGCAUACUAUUGCAGCGUUCAAGGGCCGAACGAUUCAUACGUAUCACAGUGAAGGCGCUGGUGGAGGCCAUGCUCCCGAUAUCAUCACAGUGUGUGGUGAACCCAACGUCCUUCCGUCGUCGACAAACCCAACUCGUCCGUACACUCGUAACACCAUCGAUGAGCACGUGGACAUGCUGAUGGUAUGUCAUCACUUGAACAAGAACAUUGCAGAAGAUGUGGCUUUUGCAGAGUCGCGUAUCCGCGGUGAGACGAUUGCUGCUGAGGACUUGCUGCAUGACAUGGGAGCAAUUAGUAUCAUCUCGUCGGACUCGCAAGCAAUGGGGCGUAUUGGGGAGCUGAUCACUCGCACGUGGCAAACAGCUGAUAAGAUGAAGAGGGAACGUGGUACUCUUCCUGAAGAUGCAGCGUCCGAACACAAGGGUGAUAACUUUCGUGUCCGGCGGUACAUAGCCAAGUACACGAUUAACCCCGCUAUCGCUCAUGGCAUGUCACACCUUAUUGGGUCGGUGGAAGUGAACAAACUUGCUGAUUUGUGCUUGUGGAAACCGUGUUUCUUCGGUAGCAAGCCUGAACUUGUGAUCAAAGGUGGGGCGAUCGCAUUCGCUCAGAUGGGGGACCCGAAUGCUUCGAUUCCGACACCCCAACCCGUGAAAAUGCGGCCAAUUUUCGGUACCCUUGGUGCUGCUGUUGGCUCGAGCUCGAUCGCUUUUGUCAGCAAGAGCUGUGCCGACAAGAAGAUUGCGCAGUCGUAUGGCUUAAAGAAGCGCAUUGAACCUGUUCGUGGCUGUCGGAGUGUUACGAAGAAGGAUCUGAAGUUGAACGAUGCAACGCCCAAGAUCGAGGUCGAUCCGGAGACGUACAAAGUGCACGCGGAUGGGAAGUUGCUGACUUGCGAACCAGCGUCGCUGCUACCACUAGCGCAGCGCUUUUUCCUCUUCUAG